AUGACGACCUUGUGCAUUUUGGGAUGCGGCAAUCUUGGAACGGCUAUACUGAGCAACUUGCUUCAGUCAGCCAGUGAGGAAGGCUCUACAACGCCAGUCAAGCGCUUUAUUGCAUGCGUUCGCUCAGAUCGUUCUGAGAAGCGCCUAGCUGGACAGUUCUCUGCUUCCCAGCACUUGGUGGAAAUUUCCAGAAACGACAAUGUCAAGGCCGUGGCCAACUCGGACGUAAUCCUGCUUGGAGUUGAUCCUGCAGAUGUCAAGGACACACUGCGACAGCCUGGCCUGAGUGAUGUUUUGAAGGGAAAGUUAUUGAUCAGUAUUGUUGCGGCAUGGACCACAGCGGAUAUUCAGCGAGAAAUAGCCCACGGCUCGGCUGGUUCAGGUCCCGUUGGCACGCCAGUCGAAGACGUCCAUGUCGUACGGACUUUGCCCAACAUGGCUGCCACCGUUUCACAAUCAAUCACGGCCAUUGAAAUACCAAAACCAGAGGCCAAAAUUCCGCCCCAGCUCUUGAGUCUGACAGACGACAUCAUGAGCAGCAUUGGCAAGACAGUGCACCUGGACGCCAGCAAGAUGGAUGCAUUCACAGCGGUAGGAGGAUCGACGCCGGCUUUCUUUGCCGUCAUCGUCGACACCCUCAUUGAUGCCGCCGUCGCCGUCGGGCUUCCGAGACACGAAGCUACCAACAUCAUUGUGCAGUCAAUGUUGGGUUCAGCCACGCUGCUCCAAAGCGGGAUGCACCCAGGCGAGCUCAGAGACCAGGGUACCUCUCCGGAGGGCUGCACAAUGGGCGGGCUCAUGGUAUUGGAAGAGAGAGGCGUGCGCGGUGGCCUCAGUCGAGCCCUGAGAGAGGCCGUGACGGUUGCACGACUGAUGGGGAAAGAGCCUCAUGUAAACGAUACUCGAAGAUCGAGCAAUCCUUAG